AGAAAUGUGACACAUGGCUUGUUCCUCUAAAUGAAUCUCAAUGUCAGCCACAUCCACAGAUACAGCCACAUCCAUACUCACUGCAGCUGCCCCAGCUUGACACAGCAUGGUGAUCAUUUCAAGUCUUCAUUCUCUGCCACGGAUAGAAAGUGGUGUCUACAUUAUUUGGUGCUGAGUUCACUGUUCAAAAUCACCUUAAUGAUGGCUGACUGUAUGGGUGUUGAGUUGUGUGUACGUCCGCCUCCCUGACAGCAGGUGGCGCUGUGAGCAAACCACAGCCCUGGGGGUGAGGGCGCAGGGCGGGGCUCCGGUUUGUGUAGUACGUGUGCUUCACAGAGCAGUUAGCUUGCGCCUAGUGAGCAAACGAUACAGCUGAGCUGAGGUCAGAAACAUGGUGCUCCUUGAAAAUGACUCGUUCCUCACAGAGCUCACACGGCUCUUCCAGAAGUGCAGAACAUCUGGCAGUGUUGUUAUCACACUAAAGAAAUAUGAUGGGAGAACCAAGCCGGUGCCCAGAAAGGGCCACUCAGAGUCAUUUGAACCAGCAGACAACAAAUGUCUUCUCAGAGCGUCUGAUGGCAAGAAGAAAAUUAGCACAGUGGUCAGCACCAAAGAAGUAAUCAAGUUUCAGAUGGCGUACUCCAACCUCCUUAGAGCUCACAUGGAUGGACUUAAGAAGAAAGAUAAGAAAAGCAAAAGCAAGAAAACCAAAGCCACCCAAUGAGUAACAGACUCUUUAACAUAACCUUGGUUACCUAAACGACCGGUGGGGGAAAUGGGAAAGGCCUCCACCUCCACCCGGCUUUCUACCCAUUCACCCGAGGCCUCAGAAUCACCGGUCAUCCACCCGGUGACUGCUUUGAUACUAUGCCGUUGUUUGGAUGGUAACGUCUCAUCCCUGGCUGUUCAGUGCCAUUGGUGAUCUGGAACAGAACACCUGAGGAUUUCUCAAAACUCAUACAAGAUGAAGCAGGUCAGCUUUAUUGAAUUUCCAGGGCUUCUGCUUCUGAAACCAGUUCAUCAACAGCUGUGUCACCUCUGGGGCCAAAUUCAUGGAGCCCAAUGAUUAAUCGCCUUUCAUUCUAUUUAAUUGUUAGAGUCCCUAUUUAUGUUAUAUUAACGGCUAACCUGUGAGCUGUGUUGGCAUGUUUCAAUUCAGCAGUUUCUUUAGAAGGAUUUUUAAUUUUCCAGUUAAUCGAAUUUCUAUUUCUUAAAUAUUCUUUGAAAUUUCAGCAUGGGUGCUCAGAAAUACAGAACUAAAUAAGAUCGGGUUUAUUAUUUUGUCAAAUUUCACUGUCUUUGACUUGGCUCAGUUUUUGUUGUUGUUGUUUGUUUUUGAGAUGAAAUUGUAUUUUAUGUCUUUAUUUUACCUUUUGAAGUACAAUGAAUAUUCUUGUGCUACCCCCCGCCCCCCACCAACCCCAUUUUUGAACCACAUACCAAUGCCAAGCUGUCACAGUGAACAUCUUAAAUUGUAAAACACCACGACAUGAUUGAGUUUGCACAAAAAAAGUUCAAGUCAUAGAUUUUACUGAAAGUCAUUUCUGAGUUAUGAAUACAGAGACAAAAUAUUGGCUGUAAUUCAAAUAAUAUUCUGUUUACCACAAUUAAAAGGCAGGUUUAGCCACAGCCAGUAUACUCUGUCAACCAUUUGUUGUAUUGUCUCGUCACGCUGCUGAGUCCUGAUCUCAUGGAAGAGGACUUCAGCUGAAUUUCAGAAAUAAAGUGCUCUGUUAAAAGUC